AUGUAUGGAUAUGCACCUUUGAAUUCAGAUUUUGAUAAUUUCUAUGUAAGAAGAUUAAAAUUACGAAUCAAUGAUUGUUUUAAUCGUCCCGUCACUGGUGUACCUGGCAGAAAAAUUACAUUGCUUGAACGAGAGACAAAAGAUUACUGUAAAACUUUUCAAUUGACCGGCAAAACCAGAGAUUGUUUAAAUUUAAGUAGUUAUAAUUAUUUGGGAUUUGCUCAGAGUGAAGGUCCAUGUGCUGAUGCUGUUGAACAGACAGUUAGAAAAUAUGGUAUUUCAUCUUGUAGCUCAAGAAUUGAAGUUGGUACGUUGGAUCUUCAUUUACAAGUGGAAUCGCUGAUUGCCAGAUUUGUUGGUAAGCCUGCUGCUAUGGUUGUUUCAAUGGGUUAUGCUACUAAUAGCACCACUUUUCCUGCUUUGGCUUCAAAAGGUUGUCUAAUCAUAUCUGAUGAACUUAACCAUAGUUCAAUUGUGUUUGGUAGUCGUCUAUCUGGUGCUUUCAUCAGAGUUUUCAAACAUAAUAGCAUGGAAGAUCUGGAAAAUUUAUUGAAGGAAUGUAUUAGUCAAGGGCAACCAAGAACCCAUCGACCUUGGAAAAAAAUUUUAUUGGUUGUUGAAGGUCUUUAUUCCAUGGAAGGUAGUAUAUGUAAUCUGCCAAAAAUCAUUGAAUUAAAAAGAAAAUAUAAAUUUUAUUUGUAUGUUGAUGAGGCACAUAGUAUAGGCGCACUAGGUCCAAGAGGUAGAGGUGUGUGUGAUUAUUAUGGUAUAGAUCCUGAUGAGGUUGACAUUUUGAUGGGAACAUUUACAAAAUCAUUUGGUGCUGCUGGUGGAUACGUUGCAUCAUCAAAAGAGACUAUUGAUGCUCUUCGAUUGUGGAACCAUGCAUCAGUCUAUGCUGAAUCAAUGACGCCACCAAUACUACAACAAAUCUACACUUCAAUGUCAAUCAUUAUGGGUGAAGACGAUGCAAAAAGUGGAGAAGGCAAGAUAAGAUUGGAAAGAUUGGCAUUCAAUGCUAGAUAUUUGAGCACAAAUUUGAGAAGAAUGGGUUUCAUCAUUUAUGGUGAUACUGACUCACCAAUCAUCCCAUUACUGCUAUUCAACCCUGCUAAAAUACCUGCCUUCUCAAGAGAAUGUCUAAAGCGAAACAUUGCUGUAGUCGUUGUUGCAUAUCCUGCCACACCAAUGAUCUCCUCUAGAGCUAGAUUUUGCAUUUCAGCUGCUCAUACUAAACAAGAUUUAGAUGAAAUAUUAAAAUCUUGUAACGAGAUUGGUGAAAUCUUGCAACUUAAAUUAUCAAGCAAAGUUCAAAGAAAAUCAAUAGAAGAGGAUAUUCCUGUUAAAGACAGAUUUUGCAUUUCAGCUGCUCAUACUAAACAAGAUUUAGAUGAAAUAUUAAAAUCUUGUAACGAGAUUGGUGAAAUCUUGCAACUUAAAUUAUCAAGCAAAGUUCAAAGAAAAUCAAUAGAAGAGGUUUUAAAAAUUAAUGAUAUAUAA